AUGGCUGCUAAAACUAUUCCCACCCUCCACUAUCUGGACAUUGGUAGAAUGGGCCGUGGCGAAGUCGUACGCCUGUUUAUGAGAGACGCGGAGAUUGAAUUCAACGAUAUCCGGCAUCCUUAUGAUGACACAUGGCCGGCUACGAGCGAGAGACUCAAGCAAGAAGGCAUUACCCGAACCGGCAAGGUUCCUGCGCUCUUGAUCAAUGGUAUCAUUAUCAAUCAACAUAUCCCUAUUUUGCGAUAUCUCGCUCGAGACAUCGGCCGCUAUGAAGGCGAAACUAAUCAUGAGAAAUUUCAGCUUGAUGCUGUUUCAGAUGUUUACAAUGAUUGGAGGACUCAAUGGGUAGCAAGCCUACAGGGAGUCACAGAUGACUACAGAAACAACAUUGUACCAGAAUACUACAACGUUAUUGCAGAGUUCUACUCUGCAAACAACGGCCCUUAUCUCCUCGGAGACAGAAUAUCAUACGCCGACUUUGCCGUCUAUCAGUCAAUUGAUAACGAUGAACGGAUCGGGACUCUUCCAUCCAAACUCCCUGAAGCAAUUCAAAAGUUCCGAGAGGCCUUUGAGGCACGACCAAACAUUGCAGCAUAUAUCGAAGAGAAUCGCCCAAAGAAAACAUAG